AUGUCUCUCCCAUCUCGCGAAACGGAAAUGAGGGCCUCCUCAGACGCGGCCUCAAACUUCGCAGAUGCCUACUACGACGCCCUCAACCGCCGCAAGCUCAAAGGCACAAUGUCGCAGUUCUACACUACAGCCUGCUCAAAGUACCCCACGCCGCCCGACAUCUCCGUCAACGGCGCCGUCCUCGCCAGCGGGCCCGACGAGUACACCACCCUCCUCGACACCCAGGGCCCCGAUGUCCGCUACGAGAUCGAGUCCCUCGACGCCCACGUUGUCAACGCGGACUUCUCCCUCGGCUGCCCCGAGCACCUCCAGGGCGGCGACAAGAACGGCGCAAAGUGCAGCGUCAUGGCCCAGGUCACCGGCCGCGUCUACUACGGCAAGGGCCGCGACGCCGCCGCCAAGACGUUUAACGAGGUCUUCGUGCUGGUGCCGAACUGGGACACCUUUGGCAAGAACCCCCCGCGCGGCGUCAGGCGAUGGUUGAUUAUGAGCCAGAACUUUCGCGCGCUGUAA